CUGUAGCAAAAUUCUAAAUUAUGAGUUAAAUUAUAAUAUUAUUCAUUUUCGGUUAUAAUUUCGAAUUAAUUCAUCUAAGAAUCACAAUCAGAUACAUAAUAAUUCGUCAGAUUGGGGUAUCAAUGGAUUUUACAAGCUUAAAGAUAAAAUUUAAACCAAUCAUGAAAUCUAUUCAGAGAAGCAAUACAAAAUGUUGCAUAGAAAUAAUACCGCAAAUAAAGAGUAUUGAAAAUUUUAAUAAUUUGAAAUGGGAUGAAGAUCCGCUAAUCGAAUAUACAAUACCGAUCACGUACAAAAUUGUAUUCAAGAAAGCAAACGAACAAACAAAAUAUACAUAUAAGGAUGAUUCUAACAAAUUUUAUUACUCAUGCGUCGAUUUACUCAUUCCUUCGGCUUUAUCAAAUAAUUACGAAGGCUCUGGAGAUUUGAAAAGACAUAAAAGUGACACAAUAGUUCUUGACAAACAUAUUGUAGAUGUCUUCUAUAAAAAGAUGGGAAGUGAAUUUACAAUUAAAGAUUAUAGAGAUGAUAGCACUAAAGAAAUUAGUGAUUACAAAUUAUGUUAUGAUAAAUCUAAAAAUAAGAUUUCAGAAAAUAUUAAUGAAACUACUUUAAUAAUUGAUGAUGAGACGAAACUUGGAAAAGAAAAUAGAUUUGUCACUAUAAACUGUGACAAAUCAACAAGUACAGAUAUAAUAUUAUUCAAGUACAAAAAUAUUGGCAACAAAAAUACUUCUUAUGGCAAGGAUUUUUUCUUAUCUAAAAUAGGAUUAGAACCAACAAACACCACUGAAUUAGAUAAUUAUACGAUAAAAGCUGAAGAAAUAAUCAUAUCAAAAAGAACAAUGGAAAAUGCCAAAAGGUCGAUCACAGGUUUAUAUCAGGAAACUGAUUUGGUCAAAAACCUUCACGACAAUAAUAGCUAUGCUAAAAACAUGAUACGUGAUCAGGAGAACUUUGAUUGCUGUCUAAACAAAAGAACGGUAUCAAGGGCAACGCCACAACAAAGACUGGCCGAGUUUCUACGUUUAAUGGAGACGGAGAUGCUACCAUUAAAAAUAAUGCUGAAUGAAAUUACUAUUCAAUACGCCAAACUACAGUCUUCUUGGGAAAAAAAGAAUCGACAUAGCACCGCCUAUGAAAAUAUUGUCAAAAUCCAAACGAAUUUAAGUGAAAAUAAUCUAUAUUCGAAUCGCGUUGUGUAUUCAGUUGUUAUUAUGGAUCACGAAGAGUUGCUAAAAGAACUAGCUACGAAUUUAUAUUUUCAACUCAAAGAUGAACCACCGCAAAUUACAGAAGUUAAUAAAACAGAGAAAAAACAUCCUUUACAUUUAAAACUGAGAGUUCGUAAAAAUAAUAAAUUGCACUUAAAGAAAAACUUAGCAACUGAGUCCAUACAAAAUCAAGCAAAUUGUCACUUAGCAAGCAGCGAUGAUACCAUAAUGUCAUUUAAACUAUUACUUGAAACCGACAAGGAUAAAGAAAAUUCAAAGAAGCAUCGCAAUAAAAUUACUAAAAUGUUACGGCCAGGUCUUUGCUUAAAUACCCAAAAUAAAGAAGAUAACAUCCCAUACAUGCCCAAAAAUCCUUCCCGUAAAAGAAAUGAAAUGAGCGAAUUCGAAACUUUGAAUGAUUAUGAUUCGGGCCAUAAAUAUUUUGGACUUUCCAAAAACAACUUUAUUAAAAAUUCACCUGCAGAUCUAAAAAAGCAUAAAAUUUUCAUUGGGAAAUGCAAGCCAGGUGGGUGUUUGGAUCCAGCUUUUAGUGAAGACAAUUAUGAAUAUUAUAUAUCGAAAAAAAUCCGCGCCCCAGAAAAAACGAAUGAUCCCUAUGUAAAAGAUCCUGAAUUCAAUCAUGGUAGCUGUAUUAAAAUAGCAAACACGCCUAAUGAUUUCGAAAUCACUUCGUGGAAUUUUAAAGAGAAUCUUGAAAUUAAUACUAUUCAACAUAUUUAUGAAGCAGAAUCUCUUCAUAAAACUAUCAGCAAUUCCCAUUCGAGCACUUUAACUAUUUAUCCCACAUCACUAUCUAACGAGGAAAUAAAUAAUACUAAAAAUAUGAACAAAAAUUCUACUGAAAGUAGUCCAAAAAAUAUGUAUUUGGGCAUAUCAAAUGGAACAUACUUUACUCCUCCCAGAAAUGUAAAAAAACUUUCUGACUCGAAGAUAUCUGUGAGAAAUAAUAGCGAUGAAGUAAAUACUAUGAACGAAAAAUUAAAAAGCAUAGAAAGUGAUUUUAAACAGGGAUUAAGUAACAAAAUUAGAUCAUCUACUGCAAUUCUGGAAAAUCAAUCUAGUACAGCAGACAAUAAUACUAAACGGAAAUUUAAAAGUCCUGAGUGUGAAUUAGAAAUGCCGGACGUUGAUUUUACAUUUUUACAAGAAAAAGUACAUCAAAAUAAUAGCGAAUAUCCAUUAAUUCCAAAAACAGGAAGCAUGAAAAAAGAUUCCAUUAUUGUUGAGGCAAAAUCAAUUUCAGAAUGCGGUGAUAUUGUUAAACAUGGUAGGAUUUCAGACAUUAUCACAAAUAUAGAUACAAACGAAGAUAUAGAAAAACGGCUCAUCCUUCCAUCCCAAGAAACAAAACUGGAAACUGAUAAUAAAGUUAAAAUCACAGAGCUUGAUACAAAUGGCUUGAAUCGUGCUAUCGACGGACUAGUUUUUCCUAAAAGUAAAUCACAAACAAAUACUGUUAAACCACCAAACACAAUCUCAAUAGAAAAUGCUAAUACUAACAAUAUCUCUUUUUUAAAAGCAGAAGAAAUCCCAGCUCAAAUUAGUGCAGCAGAAAAUAUUGGUACCGCCAAAUCUGACCAAUACAAAACAAAACAAGCCAAAAUACACGAUAAUGAAAAUGAAUUAUCAUCAAAAUCACGCGAUGAUAUAAAAACAACUGAUAAUUUCUCGCAUAACACUGACCUAGAUCAAGAUGAUUAUGAUUUGUUACCGUCAACCUUAAUCAGUUCAAGUCACGAUAGUAAAUACGAAAUGGACACAACCAAUACUUUUACAAACAAGGUUCAAUAUAGUAGUAAGCGAAGUAAACAUUUGGAGUAUAAAGACGAGCGUGAUCUUAACUUCUCAACAUCCCGGGACCUUAUGAUUAAAAAAGACAUACAAAUGCAAUCUGAGAAACAAAAAGAAAACGAAAGUGUUCUAAAAAUAUUCCGAAAAGAACUAGAACAAACCAACGUUCCUAAUGCUAAAACUAUUAGUAAUAAUAUUAUCGUAACAGAAGAUAUUAGUUCGAUGAAUAUAGGAAGUUUUGACGUGCCCGAUUCUAAAUUAGAUAGUGUAGAAACUAUCAAUAAUGAAACUAAUGAAAUCGAAUCGAAAAUAGAUGUAUCUCCAAACCAAUCUCAUGGAAAUGUACGCAAAGAUGUUGGAGAUUUUAAUUUUAACAAAGAAUUGAGGAAGGACUUCAAAACGAAAAAUCACGAAGAGACUCAAAAUACUAAAGUGGAGUUGAAAGGUUCCAUACUGGAAAUUAAUCUAGAUUCUGAUUCUCAAACUAUUGAACAACCAUUAAGAGAAACGUCACAAACGAAAUACAAAGACAGAUAUAGCAUCGAACCAGAUAUUUUAAGCAAAAUUACAAUUCCAAAAAGUAGCACUUCAGUGGAAAACCGACAUAAUAUAGCUGAAAAACAACUUAGAAACGAGAAAAAUAUUUCCCAUAGCCGUCAUAAAACAGAUAAACCUCACGCUCAAAAUGAAGUAUUUCACAAAAUACAACAAGUAAAUGAAAAUAAUAAAUCAGACAUCGGUGAACCAUUAUCUUAUCCCAAGCCAUCAGCUUCCCUCGCAUUAAAAAACGAUACAUAUUUAAUGGACUUGGAAUUUGCUAUUUUUAUGAAUAACAAUAACGAAAAAACUAUAAAAACCUUGGAUACCUCUCAAACAUAUGACGAAGAUAAAAGCCAGAAUCUGGCAACAAUAAUGAUUAAAUCACAAAUGAGAACGUCUAACAAGGAAAUACGAUUCCCGGUCGAUAGCGAAAACGAUUUAAUAAUCCAAAUAAAAAAAACUAGAAUCAUGAAUCAAAAAGUCCAAAUUAAUAAUACAUUUGCUCGUGGAGAAGAUGUUUUAGAAGGUAAAGAUCAACAAAACGAAGAGAGUAAGAAUGAGACAACAGUAAACAACAAUGAAGCUAGCAAAUUACAGAAUAUUUUAAGUUGGAUAUACAAUCACGAAUUAGUUCCUUUACAAAACGUUAUCAAAGAACUAAAAGACGAUAUAGAUUUUCUUACUGAACAGCAGCAACAUAAAGCUAAAAUACAACAAGUAAAGAAAACAAAAUCUAUGAAAUUAUUAAAAUUUACGAAAGAUUGUACGUGUUUGCUGUAA